UGACUAAUCAGUGCCGCUUGCCUAUUGAGAAUGUUACCAAUGGAGUCCCAAGGUGAAAACGAACUCCUUUUGUUUACAAAGUCCACUUUCUUUUUCGCCCUUGAUGAGCUCUAACGAAGCAUGAUCGUAAUCGUUUCUUCGUGGCUCGACCGAAUCAAAUCACCGAUGUAUGAGGUCAAAACAUUCCUCCUCAUGAACUUUGCUUUUGCCUUAUACAACACUUGCUUUUGCUCCAUUCCACCGAUAGCCAGAUAUGCUGUUAGGCCCUGUUGUCAUGCUGGUUCAUUAGACCUAUUGUAUUUUCAUACUCCUUGCUCACUGAGCAACAUCAGCAACACCUCCUUACGUCACUGGAGGGAUUCUUUAUUUUACCUCUAUUCUGUGUUUUACCACUUUCCAAGCCUUUUAACAGAAUAUUCACAAUUUCCUUUCGCAAAUUUUUGAAUCAGUGAAAUCAGAAAAAAAAUUCACAUUCGUUACAAAACAGUAAACGGUGUAGUGAUUUUUUAACCUUAAAAGAACAUUAAAUGUCAUUUAUUGAGAUGUUUGCUUCAGUUUCCCUGUUUAUAAUUAUUUUGUGUGAAAACAUAAAUUGGAUAUGUGUUUUUGUACUAAAAAUACUUUUAAAUACUGUAAAAUACUGUAAAAUGCUGUAAAAUACUGUAAAAGAUCAUAACAAGUAGCGUAAUGGAGGUCUCUUGGUCCCUAAACUGAGACCGGGCCCCUUUUUGCAGACUGCAAGAAAUUCCCAUGCGAUAUUUUAGAGCACGUCAAACAGAAUAGCAAAGUAUAAAAAUCAUAAUGUUUUCCAUUAACUAGGAGAGCAGGGGUGGGUUUCAUGCUCUAUUUUAAAGCGAACUUGAACAAAGUUUUAAAAACAUUGAUACUAAAGAGCUUUUGGUCGGUGACCCUUACUGUCACAUACCACUGAUCAUGCCCUAUCAUUCUCAACUGCAAUGUCUUUUGAGAGAAACUAUGUCAUGUUUAUGGCAUCUGUCAUAUUCAAGACGCUUGAGGUUGGUUGUUCUUGUGACAUGAAAGUAUUUAAGUCUAUUUCGAAAGUUUAUAGAUUAUCGAUCAAGAUUUUUGAAAAAAUAUUCAUUUCUGAUUGUUUGCUUCUUAGACGAGUAUAAAUUGGAAGAUCCAUUCAAGUGGGAUAUUGUUGGUAGAAACUGCCUGGCCAUGUUCAUAGGCGGCAUUGUUUAUUUCUCCAUCACGAUCCUCAUUCAAUAUGGAUUUUUUAUCAAGUCAAGGCCUGUCAAACACGAGUCAACCUCAACUGGUAAAAUUGAUGAUGACGUAGCCGAAGAGAAAUCACGUAUUGAGUCAGAGGAAUCCGAAAGUAAUGACGUUCUCAGGGUCACAAAUCUCACAAAGAUUUACAGGUCGGUUUUUAGACGCAAAAAGCUGCUCGCAGUUGAUAAACUGUCGUUUGGUUUAAAAUCUGGCGAGUGCUUUGGGCUGUUGGGAGUAAAUGGUGCAGGAAAAACAACAACUUUUAAAAUGCUGACAGGAGACACAAACGUGACAUCUGGAGAUGCUUUUAUUGCCAAAAGCAGCAUUUUGAGUGACAUUAAUGACGCCCGGCAACACAUGGGUUAUUGUCCCCAAUUCGAUGCCCUUGAUGAGCUGCUCACUGCUAGGGAAAUGCUUUCUUACUACGCCAGAAUUCGUGGAGUUCGGUGGAAAUACGUCCCGCAGGUCGCUGAAUGGGGCAUAAAAACACUGGAUCUGAUCCUCUAUGCGGACAGAAUAUGCGGAGACUACAGUGGAGGAAACAAAAGAAAGUUAUCCACCUCAAUCGCAUUUUUGCCAAUCCCGACUUGAUAUUUCUUGUAAGUAAAAAUACUCAACAGUUUACCAUGGUUUGACAUCAACGAUAUAUAAAGUAACUCGAAGGGUUUUGUGGUAGA